AUGAAGGAACUGUUCCCGAGUGGCGCCGGACACCGGUGUGACCCCGUGUGCAACGACAGCCUGCUCAUCUGCCCUGAUUCCAGCGCCCGGCCCCGCGUCCGCCCGGCCGAGUCCUCCGAGCACAGCGGCAAAUGGUCGUGUCAGGUGUGCACUUACCUGAACUGGCCCAGAGCGAUCCGCUGCACCCAGUGCCGCAGUGUCCGGCAGCGCAUCUGCAGCCCCACAGAAACCCCACAGACGUCCGGGACCGGCCCUCCAGCGGAUCCGUGUGAGGAAUACAACGACCGGAACCGACUCCACACACGAGCGCAGUGCUGGACCUGCUCGGUCUGCUCGUACGAGAACUGGCCCAAAUCCUCUCGCUGCGUGGUGUGUGACCACCCCAGACCCAACGACGCCUUCCAGCCGCGCGAGUCUGACGAGCCCUCGUCCGUGAUUAACGAGCGGGACCGUGGCCGAGCGCGGGGCGUGUGCAGCGGGGCGCAGCGACUCUCGCCUGCCUCCUCUAAACGUGAGGCGGAGCUGCAGAUCGAGCUGGCCGCUGGAGCUCAGAGCGGGAACGAGGAGAUCGAGGUGGACUUCAAGAAGCUCAAACAGAUCAAGAACCGCAUGAGGAAGACAGACUGGCUGUUUCUCAACGCCUGCGCUGGUGUAGUUGAAGGCGAUCUGUCUGCGGUGGAGGCCUACAAGUCCUCAGGAGGAGACAUCGAGCGUCAGCUGACACACACACACACAAUACUUACACAUUUGAUGAAUGCAGUAUCAUAUAUUGAAGAUCUGCCUCCUGCUGUUCAGGAGAAGCUUUUUGAUGAAAUCCUCGACCGCGACGUCCAGAAGGAGCUGGAGGAGGAGUCUGCGGUCAUUAACUGGUCUCUGGAGCUGGGCACGCGUCUGGACAGCCGUCUGUACGCUCUGUGGAACCGCACCGCUGGAGACUGUCUGCUGGACUCCGUUCUACAGGCCACAUGGGGCAUCUAUGAUAAAGACUCUGUGCUGAGAAAAGCUCUCCAUGACUGUUUACACGACUGCUCUCACUGGUUCUACUCACGCUGGAAGGAGUGGGAGUCGUGGUAUUCUCAGAGUUUUGGGCUUCAUUUCUCUCUGAGAGAAGAACAGUGGCAGGAGGACUGGGCCUUCAUCCUCAGCCUUGCCAGUCAGCCCGGGGCGAGUUUGGAGCAGACUCAUAUAUUUGUUCUUGCUCAUAUCCUGCGGCGGCCCAUCAUCGUUUACGGAGUGAAGUAUUACAAGAGUUUCCGAGGGGAAACCUUAGGCUACACACGAUUUCAAGGUGUUUACCUGCCGUUGCUAUGGGAACAGAGUUUCUGCUGGAAAAGUCCCAUCGCUCUUGGUUACACGAGAGGUCACUUCUCUGCUCUGGUUGGCAUGGAAACCGACGGCUACGAUAAUCGCGGCGCAGGCGCCAACCUCAACACUGACGAUGACAUCACCGUGACCUUCCUGCCGCUGGUGGACAGUGAGAGGAAGCUACUGCAGAUCCACUUCCUGUCAGCACAAGAGAUGGGCAGCGAGGAGCAGCAGGAGCGUCUGCUCAGGGAUUGGCUGGACUGCUGUGUGACAGACGGCGGGAUGCUGGCGGCGCUUCAGAAGAGCAGCAGACGCAGACAUCACCCGCUCAUCACGCAGAUGCUGGAGAAGUGGCUGGAUGGGUACCGGCAGAUGCACCCGUGUCCCACGCUCUCCGACGGCGAGGAUGAGGAGGACGACGAAGACGAGUGACCUCCUGAAACCAUUUCAACACUGUUCCACACACGCCCUCUUUCCCAGAAUGCAAUGCGACCACCCCCAACAACAGCGAGGGCUGAAAAUCUUUGUGUUUAGUCAAAUGAAUUUAGUUUUUUCCGUGCGUUCGUAUCCAUCGAAUGUAGACGUGCUGCAUGUGGCUCUUUACAUAUGGAAUGAUGAGAAUAAAAGAGCGUCAUAAAUGAGCACUUCCACAAAGCACAUAUUCUUUAGAGGGUUUGAAUCUGAUCGCAGGAAUCAGAGUUUAUGAUUUACUCACACUAAACCACAUUUCUCACAGUGUUUGUGUUCCCUUCUGUUCUUUCUCUCGCUCUCUGGCCUGCAGCGACCCGUGUGCGGUUUGUUGAUUUGAUUGUAUUUAUUUAUGUCUUUGCUCUCUCUCUCUCUCUCUCUCUCAGUGGAUACUAACCCGACUCGUACUGUGAGGAGAGUCAUGAAGAGUUUACUGACAUGUUGAACCUGUGAUCCUGUACCUCAUUUGUGAUGUUAGGUGAUUCUGAACAAGAGGAGAGAGAAUCACACGGCUUCAACAUUAAACUAGAAACACGUCUGCUCUCUCA